GCGGCCUGCCGCUCUCGUCUCUCUCGGUCUCUGCUGGCUCAGUGACUCCAAUCCCCAAUACCAAACCCAAACCCUAGGGAAGCCAGCAGGCAGGCGCAACGGAGCGACGGUGAGACCGCGUGGCGAAGGCCCAGCGCGACGCCGCGACAGGCCGACGGAGGCGACCGCGCGGCCAACGCCCAGCGCGCGAACACCGCGGGGUGCCAGCGGCAGAGGAGGCGGGCAGCAUCCCGCGUCCUGGCCUCCCCGCGCACACGCCAGUUAGACGGUGUCUAGGAGGGGUGGUUGGGAAUACCCAAUCACCAAAUCCCUAUGACCGACGCUGAGCCACCUCCUACAGUGGAGGUGGAGGAGGCCAUGCCGACCACCCCGGAUAUUGCCCUAGACGGUGACGAUGAGGGCUACAAGUAUGUUGAGGCUGCUGAGGUUGAGAAGGAUGGCGGAGCUCCUUAUGGUGAAGGUGGAGGUGGCAAGGUGGAGGAGGAUUCAAAACCUGGUGGUGGUGAUGCUGUGGCAGAUGAACUCUUGGUGAUUGCGGAAGACCCGAAUCUGCUUGAUGUUUUUAAAGCUGACGAGUCAGAGGGGGGUGCUUGUGCAGAGGUGCACACAAAUGAUGUUGCUGCUGCUGUGGAUGUUCCCGUGGAGGUGGGUGCUGCUGUGGCAUCCUCAACAUUGGUGGAUGUUUCCACAGAGGUUGGCAUGCAAACCAACGAGGUUAUUGCCGUGGGUGAUCUCACAGAGGUGGGUGCUGCCCUGGUAUCAUCUACAUCGGUGGAUGAUCCCGCAGAGGUGAGUACUUCUCUGGUCAAUGAUGACUGCAAUAUAGUUUCCACUGGAGUUGUGCAUAGGUCGGAUGUCCAGACUCAUAAGGAGGUUGGUGGUGACUCCCUUGAUACUGGCGAGGCAGCUCCCUUGGUAAAUGAUGUACAGGAUGACAGUACAAGGAUGGAUAAAAAUGUUGCAGUUAGUGAUGAUAUUGUGCAUACUCAGGAUCAUGAGAGGCUGCAGAUGGAUGUGGCAACAGAUCUGUUAAAUGAGAGGGAAACGGAGGUUGUGAAAGCUGUAGACCAUGUUGCAGAGGAGGGCACAGGUACGGAUAUGCAGCUCCAAACUGGAGAUGACAUUGAGGCGGAAGGUGUUGCCACUAUUGCUGAUGCUGCUACAUAUGAGGAGGGCAAGCAUAUGGGUGCAGUUACCAUGACCAGAGAUGACAGCGAGAAACAUAAUGGGGCAGUGGGUGUUGAUGCAUCUGAUGAGGGGAUACAGAUGGAUCGAGAUGGACUAACUGGAGAUGAUAUUGAGCAAGAGGAGAUUGCAACAGCUGGUGAAGAUCGCGUGGAAGAGGAAGGCAUGCGGAUGGGUGCAGUAAACAUUACUGGAGACAUGAACAAGGAAGGCAGAGUAGUCACUGAAAACAUUACUGAUGAAGCUGUAGAUGCUGUGGCUGUACCUGAAGAACAGUCCGUGCAGAUGGAUGAGGAUGGUGAUGAUAUUCCUGAAGAAGAGAAUGCGCAAAUGGGUGGAGUUGGUUUGACAAUCAAUGAUAAUCAGCAGGAAGAGGCUGUGACAGCUGAUCAUGAUGGAGUCGAAGAAAAUGCCAUGCUGAUGGAUGCAGUUACCACAACUAACGAUGAUGAUGAAGACGACGGAAUUGUUGGUGAAGAUAUUGCAGAAGAAGCUGUCACUGGUACAGUUGGUGAUGAUGCCCCCGAAGAAGAUGCUGCGCAUAUGGACGACGACGAUGACGAUGAGCCUCCUCCUUUGAUGGCAAAGAAAGGUGGAGGGCGUCGAAAGAGAGGCCGUCCAUCUUCCAAGGCCCAGGCUGUGGCUAAGCUUUCUGUAAAAAGGAAGGAUGAGGAGGAGGUUUGCUUCAUUUGCUUUGAUGGUGGUGACCUUGUGAUUUGUGAUCGUAGGGGCUGCCCUAAAGCUUAUCAUCCUUCUUGUGUUAAUCGAGAUGAUGAUUUCUUCAAGUCAAAGGGUCGAUGGAAUUGUGGUUGGCACAUCUGCAGCAACUGUCAGAAACCUGCACGCCAUAUGUGUUACACAUGCACCUAUUCAUUAUGCAAGGCAUGCAUGAAAGAUGCAAAGUUCCGUUGUGUCAGAGAAAACAAGGGCUUUUGUGAGACAUGCAUGAACACUGUGAUGUUGAUAGAAAAUAGAGAGGAGGCAACUGACCAAAUGGAUGUGGAUUUUGAUGACAAAAGCAGCUGGUGGUAUUUGUUCAAGGAUUACUGGUUAAAUUUGAAGACAAACUUGUCAUUGACAGUUGAGGAAAUAUCAGCAGCCAAAUCUCAAAAGAGUGGUGAACUACCUGAUACUAAUGAUGAAGAGGCUAAUUCGGAGAGUUCAUCGGGGCGACAUCUAGAGAACAAUACACCAAAAAAGAGGGGAAGAAAACGAUCAAAAGAAGCUGCCAUCAAGGAUGGUUCUGAAGGAAAAGAAAGCUCUAGAAAAUCUAUCAAACAAGGCCUGUCAGGCAUCCGUGAUGCUCAGACUCCUUCGGGGAAAAAGGUUAGAAAAUUAUCCAGGCGUUCUUUGAGUAACCAGCAUUCAUCAAAAGUAUCUGAAAGUGUUGGGACGUCUACAUCCUCAGCUGAAGAGGCCAGCUGGGCUUCUGAGGAACUCUUAAACUUUGUAGCCCAUAUGAGAAAUGGUGAUAAAUCUGCGAUCAGUCAGUUCGACGUUCAACCCCUUUUACUUGAAUAUAUCAAACACAAUAAUCUGCGUGAUCCUCGUCGAACAAGCCAGAUAAUUUGUGAUUCUUUGCUCCAAAGUCUCUUUGGCAAAAAACGUGUUGGCCAUUUUGAAAUGCUCAAGCUUCUUGAAUCACAUUUUCCCAUGAGUGAAGUUUCACCAUCAGCCGAUGAAAAUCAUGGUGGUGUAGUAGAUCCUGAUCCUAGUCAGGAUGCUGAUGGUAACAGUGAAGCUUCAGUUGUUAUGAGUUCAGAAAAAAGAAGAAAAUCACGUAAGUAUGAUCAGAAACGUCAGCCUAAUCUUGAUGACUACGCAGCAAUAGAUAACCAUAACAUUGGAUUGAUGUACCUGCGUCGCAACCUAAUGGAAGAAUUGAUCGGUGAUGUUGACACGUUUGAUGAGAAAGUGGUUGGAUCAUUUGUGAGAAUAAGAAUACCCGGUACAGGGCAAAGGCAAGACAUUUAUCGACUUGUACAAAUUGUUGGGACUGGAAGAGCUGCAGAAAAAUAUAAAUCUGGGAAAAAAACUACUGAUAUAACGCUAGAGAUACUAAACUUAGACAAACGGGAGGCAGUAACUAUUGACAUAAUCUCCAACCAGGAGUUCACUGAGGAGGAAUGCAAACGCUUGCGUCAAAGCAUAAAGUAUGGAUUCAUUCCAAGGCUGACAGUGGGAGAGGUUCAGGAGAAAGCAAGGGUUCUUCAAACUUUGAAAGUCAAUGAUUGGAUUGAAAGUGAAAAGAUGCGACUUGGGCAUCUUCGUGACCGCGCAAGUGAUAUGGGCCAUAGAAAAGAGCUUAGGGAAUGUGUGGAGAAGCUGAAGCUGCUAAGUACUCCAGAGGAGUGUGCUCGUAGGCUAAAUGAAGAACCUGAGAUACACGCUGACCCUGCGAUGGAUCCAGAUUAUGAAUCUCCGGAGGAACAGGAGCAGGAGACUGAAAGAAGUAGCUUUAAUAAGUCGAGAGGUUCUUUCUUGAGGAAAGAUGGUAAUCUUGUGUCUCCAGUUAAAGGAGACGGUAGAAAUCCUUUACAGCGAGAUCCAAAAACUAACUGGGAAUCUAAUCGAAACACAUGGGCUGAAUCAAGUCCUCAUGUGGAGUCACCCCUUUCACGGAGAUCCACAUUCUCUUCUCCAGGUGAAAGUGCUGGUUAUACUAGUAAAUCGGAAAGUCCUAACAUUGGUGCGCAAACAGUGAAAUUGGAAGGUACCACACGCAGUGCUUCACAAGGGCCAUCUGGUGUCUCAUCUGGAAUUUUGGCUGCUAACAUAGAUUCAGGGGCAAAAACUGCACCGCAAUCAGCCAUUAACGAAUCUGAGAAGAUCUGGCAGUACAUGGAUCCUUCUAAUAAAAUCCAAGGCCCUUUCUCAAUCAUCCAGUUGCGGAAAUGGAACAGCAAUGGUUACUUCCCUCCCAGUUUGAAAAUAUGGAAAGCUAGUGAGAAGCAGGAUGAUUCAAUACUACUGACUGAUGCUUUGGCGGGGAAGUUUGAGAAAGACCUUCCUCCAUGGGAACCACCACAUGUUAGUGCAUCUCAAAUUGGCAAAACCCCUCUUCUUGAGGAAAGCACAAUACCUGGUGAGCGAACUCCAAAAUCAGUAGUUCCAAUGUCUUUCUCAAGUAGUGAUCAAAGGCAGGACUAUAGUUCAACGAACCUUGGAGCAACCAUGAUCCAUUCUGGCACACAAGGUUAUUAUGGAAUGCAAAAUUCUCAAGCAGCGUACACAAACCAACAGUCUCUUACUGGAAGUUGGAAUGCCGCCUCUAGCCAGUUUGGAGUUGCAGUAAAUCCGAUGACACCUACCCAGCCUGCCAUGGGAAACUUUUCGGGACAAAAUAUUGUGGCUGCAGGAAAUAUGGGUCAUUUAACUCCUGGGAUGACUCCUGCUACUGCAACUGCAGAAUUAACCUCAGAUUUAUCCUCCCAGAACCAAAUAUCAUCUGCUUUACCACAAAUGGGUGACAGGUUACCUGAUGGAAGUGACUCUAAGUUAGGAGAAAAUGCUUCACAUGGAAGAGUGAGAUCUUCGGCUGAAGCCGAUGGAGCACUGGGUGCUCAGCGUGGACCAGCACAACUGAACACUCAGCAACUUGAAGACACAAGGAACCAGAUGUCAACACCAUCUGCUGCAUCAGUACAGCCUUCGGUGACAGUAAUUGCUGGCAGUGAUACUCAAAGCAGUGGGUGGGCUGUACCUGCACAAGCGGUCAACACAUCUGGCCAACCUCAGGUAGCUGGAAAUAUGACCUGGGGAACUGCACCUCAGGGUGAUGCAAGCAUGGCCUGGGGAAUGAUGGGACAGAGCAAUAUGAAUAUGCCUUGGGUAGCAUCAGCUCAAGGUGCUUUGGGCUACAACAUGGGGGUAACUAUGCCAUCACAGCCAAAUGCAGUCCCGAACAUGGGUUGGUUACCAAAUCCCGGAAACACCAGCAUGAACAUGAUCUGGGCGGCAACUCAAGGCCAGGGGACUCCAAAUGCAGCGGCCAUGAUGGGAGGUCAGAUGCAAGGAGUUGCAGUGGCUCAAUGGGGGGGUGGCGUUGCAGCAGGGAAUGUAAACCCUUAUCCUGGCUGGGGAACCCAACAAGUUGGAAACAUGAACCAAAAUGUUAGUUGGAGUGCUCCUGUGCAGGGAAAUCCAGGUCAGGCAAACAAUAACAUGAGCUGGAAUGCACCAAAUGGUAACCCUGAUCGGAACAAUCAGCAGAGAGACAAUGGGGGCAAGCACUCUGGGCACCGGGACUCAGGUGGAAUGCCAUGGAAGCCACGUUCUAGUGGCGAUGGAGGGUCAAGGGGAAAUAGACCGCAGGGACUCUGCUGGACCUAUCUUGAGCGCGGGAACUGCUGGAAAGUUGACUGCAGGUUCAUCCAUCCAACAAACACAGAUGGAUAUUCGUCCAGGAAUGAUAGGCACUUUGAUAGGCAGCACUCAAGUAAUGAUAGGCGAUAUGACGAUCACAAUGAAAGAAAUGAUCGGCAGUUUGAUAGGCAGCCUUCAGACAAUGAAAGGCACCAUGAUAGGUCUGAUGACAGGCACAGUGGCAGGGAUGACGAUAGGCAUGAUGACAGGUAGGCUGAUAGGUCUCAGUCAAGAGAGCCGCACUCGAACCGUUGCAAAUUUCCUCCGUUUUGUUGUAUGUGCAGUAGCAUACUAGCGUAGUAGCAUCCAUGCAUGUUUUGAACUCCACCCUAUAGCGAGCUGCAUACAUGUGCAAGAAUCAUCAUGUACAACAGUUGUAGUUUGAUGCUGUGGGUAUCCUAGCUUCGAAUUUAAUAAUUUACUAUAAUAAAUCGUGGUGUAUGAACUCUGUAGCUAUGGCUCCACA